AUGGCACUUAUUGCACCAAGCAACAAAAAGGCUAUCCAGAUUAACCUCCCAAAAAGCUCGGGUGGAUUUCGGCCGCUCAGCAUGAUGGAAGAGGCCUUCAAACUCAUCGAAGGUCCCGUCACGCAGCGAAUGGCCACUUCCAGAAGCCUUUUGGAGCUUGGAGCGGUUUACAGCAAAACUAACCUUGCCUAUGAGAAGAAACACGCCGCCACCACGGAAGUGCUAUACACUGAUUGCAUCUUGUGCGAGAUCGCGGUCCGAACGGGUGCACCGUUCGCCCGAGUCCCAUCUGACUACGAGAAGUACUUCAACUCCAUCUUGUACGAGGAAGUAGACGCCAUACAACUGGCCCGAGGCAUUCCAGACAUGGUGCGCCGCUUGUACACCGACGCCUUCCAAGGGAUCACCGUAGCCAUAGACACUCGCUGGGGACUCACGCGCGACGUGGACUAUCAACGGGGGGUACCGCAGGGAACAAUAUCCUCGCCGGAGCUGUCCAAACCUGCCCAAGAGCCUAUUCUGCGCAUGCGGGAGCUGAGCCCGGCCAGAUUUGUCACGGACCACGGAAUUGGCGUGGCUGUCACUGCAUAUGCGGACGAUGCCGAACAUUAUGCAGGAGGGAUCCGACAACUGCCGCAACUGCUGCAAGAACUGGGUAAGGGUAGCGUGCUUGCUGCUGUAGGUUACGCUUGGCCAAAAUUUUCGGCUUAUGCGUCCGAUUGGAACUCGGUGCUUGGUACAGAAUGGGCAGCAAACCACGGUAUCACGCAGGAUGGCAUUCGUGCCACAGGCUACGACAUUUGGACGGGCGGCACGGUCACCACCGUUCUCCCUCGCUCCCACGCCGACUCUAUGGAAAAGCUUUUAGGCAAGCGAGGUACCAUCAUCAACAAACACGACACUGCGGCACAGGACCUUCUCGACAAACUCAGUCAGCUGCGGCAAAGGAUGGCCUUCCGGAACUGCGACUGGGACGAGAUUGCUGCGGCCUUCCAGCUCAUUGGCCGGGGCUAUAUCUCCUAUGCACCCUUGGUAGGCAUCCCUUCUCCGACAAGCUUACACUUACAAGAUGCUGAUUUGCAGCUCCUCAUCCUUAAGCGCCUUCAGGUCCGAUGUUCGGUGGAAAGAGUCAGCCUCCUGGCACCCCGGGAAAUAGGAGGUGUACAGUUGCCAUCCAUGGUCGAGGCCAUGGUGGCAGCAGUCGGUUCAGAUUUGCUUCUGCUUCUAAAUGGCAAGACGACUUCCUCGGGUCUCGCCAGAGCCGAACUGCGUAUGGCCAUGCAACUGGAUCCCGACGCAGCUUCCGCACAUCAGGGUAUCGUUUGUAGAGCAAUGGUUUUUCUCGCAGGUUAUGGCAUCUAUCUGUCGGUGUCCACUGAACGCCUCCUCUCCCGCCUCUUAGAUCACCUCAAAACACGCCUAGGCUCACCACAUGCCCAGUUUGUUGGUCCAGCAGAUGAGUGGGCCCACCAACAAGGGGCUCAAUAUUGCCGCGUUGGCCGAUUCGCCAACUCACUUCGUCGGGCUCUGGAUUCUCUCCGACAUGCCGUGGACACACGAGACUGGGGAUUCGAACAUGUUUGGCAGCAACAUCUGGAGCACUCUUCUGGACUUUCGCCCUCGGAUUGCGCGGCGGCCAUGCGUGCCGCCACCACUGCCUCCAGCUCGGACUGGAAGGUAGAGUGUGGCCUAUUCCACAGACCAUUUCCAAAUGCGGAAUCAAGCGAGGACUGGGCCACGGAUGCAUGGGAUAACCCUUGGGCUAAUAAGGUGGACUCGCGUAGUGAUUACUUGGACUCACGGGUGGAAGUUCCCUUCCAUGGGCUGGAUUUCGGUAUGUACAGUGAUGGUGGGAUGCUCCACGCAGGCAAUUGUACAUUCAGCAGUCAAGCUCGUUCCUUUGGUGGUGUGGGGGACUACUGGGAAUCCAGUCACGCCUGCACGGAGCGCCUUAUCAGUCGUCUGCCCCUCAGGCUAGGAUACGAAGCUGUUGGAGUACACGAGGCUGAAAUGGCCGCUAUGAUUGCCGCACUCCGCUGGAGACGACCUGAGGGUUGGAAUCUUUUGGUUGUAGACCGCAGCUCACUCUGUUACAUACUUCAACAAGUCAAGCUUCAGCGCCCCUCUGCACUCCUCGGCCUCGCGAGUCAUUUUCUGGUAGGCCGGUUGCAACGCAUUCUGGCGGACCUGCGCUGCUCAUGGCGGGAUCCCACAUUGAAACCGUCCUGGAGACUCCAGCAGGAAGCCCUUCCCGCGAUCUGGAAUUGCAAACAGCAAAACAAGUGGAUGUGCAACACCACUCAUUGUACUGCUGGUCUGGUGGCUGUGGACAUCAAAUCGCAUCAAGAACAAAGCGACAUCCCACACCCUGUUAUCACCCGUGGCAAUGCACAGCAAGAUGAAGGCUGCGGACUCGGACGUAACCAGAUGCGCCCACCCGAUGUGAGGUAUCCUACUGGGGGGUUCUUUGCUUUUCUUGUCAUGGACGGCCGAGCCAUUGGAAAUCCCAUUCGCAAGGUAGUCCGCAAACAACUCCGUAUUCAAGCAUCGGCCCAGUGGGCACAGCGCAGGGUACAAGGCCAUGUUGCAACACAGGCGCAGGACAUCUUCGGCCCUACACUUGACAUGAGACUGUUCACACAGGUACCGGUACCAACACCCUGGAAACAUUGGCUAUUACCUACUGACCCAGACGAUGGCGUGGACCUGUCCAAAUUCCUCUACCGAUGUGUGCGUGUAGUGGGAGGCUCCUGGACCGAAAGCCUCAAAUCAGACACUGACUUAGCCCGGUUGGCAUCGCAUUGGGCAGAAGCCAAUCAGCUUGACUCCAUGCGGACAUGCCCGUUGUGCUGUUCAGGUGCCGGCACCCCUCGCCACACGGUUAUGACCUGUUCUGGGAUGCGCCAUCUGUCCAACCUGUUGCGCAAGGACAUGGAAACUUUAUUGGGACAACUAGUUGAGCGCGAGCAGCUUUUGCAGAGAGCCACGGUUUGGAGGCAGGAAUGCCGACAGCAGGGACGAGCUCACCUCAUCCCGCAUCCCUCAGCUCAGGAUGCUCGUGAAUGGCCUGUACUCGCUUCUUGGAGAUGGUUGGUAACGCUUCCGGGCCGUGAGGCCCUGCUGAGCCAAGAUGUUGGUGGUCAUAGUGCGACAGCGGUGGCGCAUGAACGCGGGUGGGAUAUGGGUCACCGGGCAAUUCUCCCAUCUGUAUUGGGCCGGACCCUAUGCCGCCUCCCACCACCUCGCACGGAACGUGAGCCACCAGAGGAUUUGGAAGAAUACGCUGUGUGGCGACACACGGAACAGACAACACGGGAGGCAGAGCAGCUUCAACAUCGGCACGCCCGCAUCCGACCUGCUGUGGAGUGUGUCUCCCUCCUCCUGCUGGGUUUGCGGCGAAUUCGGGUGGAAUACGCUCGCCGCAUUAACGCCUGGAAACAAAUGCAGCUGAUCAUGGAGCAGGCGCGUAUCCCGGAUGUAGCGCCUCUCGGCCAGGUCCCAGCUGCAGGUGAUGACAGGCCGCCUUCUGUUCUGGACGCAUGGUUCGCCACACCGCGCGGCCUCACCACGGCCCGCGAACUGCGUUGGUUGGAGUCCAACUCCCCCCCGCCGGCCCACUCCGUUCUUGCCCUUACUGCCGAUGCAGCCGUGGUGGAACACAGUGUCGCAACUGCGGCUGCACCGUGCACCUUGUGGGACAGUGCGCUUGGAACCGCGGGGCCAACCGAUGUUACCAUGCGGGUGCACUGGAUGCGAUUUCCCUUUGUCCUGAUUGUUGGGGAGUUUGGCGCACGGCCCUCCAAACGAUGCCGCGGCGCCCGGCCAGAUUGCCUGUGCCACCAGGCAAUCUCCUGA